AUGUCCGCCAACAGCCUCCCCGAUCCGCCUUCACCGGACAAGGUCAAUCUCGCCAUUGCAGAGCUUGUGCUCUAUGCAGUCCUCUUCAUCCCUGUCAUCUGGAUUGCUUGGAAGCAUGGAAAGGCGGGAAUGACCUGUUGGCCAAUCUUUGUGUCAUACUUUCCACUCAAGUUUGUCUCCGAUGCAUACCAAAUCGCCAAGCGCAACGAACCCGAGAUUCCCAAUGUGGUCAUCAUCAUGACCAGCGCCGGAAGCAUUGCCUGCCUGUCGCUAACGGUGAUUGGAAUGAUCUAUGAAGUAAACAUGAUACUCCCACUGCCCCCCAAACGCUGGGUCGAGAAAAUAAUACUUGGCGUCACUCAUCUCGCCAUCACCGCCGGCAUUACAUUGUCCACAUAUGGAGGAGCACCCAAAGCCGGCGCUCCAGGAGGCGUUCUUUCACAAACCCUGAACCAGGUCGGAACCUGCUUGAUGCUCUUUGUCAUGCUCUUCGGCGUGGGAUGGUGGCUUUGGUCGACGGGGAGACGGGUCAUGAGCAUGAAGACGCAUCCAAACUUCCAGGUUGCGAGCAACUUGCAUCUUGCGGCGUGCGCAGCAUUUCCUUUCCAGCUCGUUCGGCUUGGAUACGCCUUGACCUACUCAUUCACCCCGUACUCGAGUUUGGAUCCCGUCUCUGGAAGUUUUGCUACUAGGUUGGUGCUGAUGUUUGGCAUGCAAUUGAUUGUGGCCAUAGUUGUCACGGAGCCAGGAGUUUUCAAGUCUCACCGAAUCAAGGGUGUAAAGGUUUAG